AUGAAAAAAACCACCCAUGGUUGCUUCCUACUGGUCAUCCUUCUAAUAAGAAUGGUUCCAAGUCUAUCUUCUACUGUAAAUUACACUGAUACUACCUUAGAGCCUCUAGUAACCGAGAAUUCAGUCAUACGGCAGAAGAUCAUAGAUUCGCAGUUCAAAUGCUAUGAGAGGAUGAACAGAGCUCCUCCAUAUAAGAAAAAAGGUCUGUUCUGCAACCGAACAUGGGAUGGCUGGUUGUGCUGGGAUGACACCCCUGCUGGAAGAACCACUGCUCAGAACUGUCCAGAUUAUUUCCCAGACUUUGAUCCUACUGAAAGGGCCUCAAAAUACUGUGAUGAGACUGGGAACUGGUUCCGCCACCCUGAGAGCAACCGAACUUGGUCCAACUAUACCCUGUGCAACUCUUUCACCUCUGAAAAGCUGAAGAUGGCGUUCAUCCUUUAUUACAUGGCAAUCAUUGGCCAUGCCAUGUCUAUCACAUCGCUCUUGAUCUCCUUGGCAAUCUUCUUCUAUUUCAAGAGCCUCAGCUGCCAGAGGAUAACUCUGCACAAGAAUUUGUUCUUUUCUUAUGUGCUGAACUCUGUCUUCACCAUUGCCCACCUCAUCGCCAUUGUGCCCAACCCAGGCUUGGUGAAAAGGGAUCCUGUGAGCUGCAAAGUGCUACAAUUCUUUCAUCAGUACAUGCUGGGCUGCAACUACUUCUGGAUGCUAUGUGAAGGCAUUUAUCUUCACACCCUGAUCGUGGUGGCAGUCUUUGCUGAGGAGCAGCGUUUGCACUGGUAUUACCUGCUGGGCUGGGGAUUCCCUUUAGUGCCAGCAUCUAUCCAUGCUGUUGCCAGAGCCAGAUACUUCAAUGACAACUGCUGGAUGAGUGUUGACACUCACUUGCUCUACAUUGUUCAUGGACCUGUAAUGGCAGCUUUACUGGUCAAUUUUUUCUUUCUUCUUAACAUCGUGCGAGUGUUGGUGACGAAGCUGAGAGACACCCACCGUGCUGAGUCCAACAUGUAUAUGAAAGCUGUCAGAGCCACUCUAAUCCUGGUGCCCUUGCUAGGAAUUCAGUUUGUUAUCAUACCCUGGAGACCAGAAAACAGACUUGCUGGAGAGAUCUAUGAUUACAUCAUGCAUAUAUUAAUGCAUUACCAGGGCUUGCUUGUGGCAACUAUAUUCUGCUUCUUCAAUGGUGAGGUACAAGGAGCUCUGAAGAGGCAAUGGACACAGUACAAAACCCAGUGGGGCCAAAGGCGCCGAGAGCACUGUUCCACGCGAUCUACCUCCUGCACUGCCACAUCCAUCUCAGAGGUCCCAGUUUAUCUCUACCACCAUGACUCCAACAAUGACCAGUUCAAUGGGAGAUACACAGAGGACUCUGAACUUGCUGCACUAAAAUCUGGAGAGACAUCUGCCUAG